AAGCCCUUUAUGAGGUCAUCAUCCCAUCCCUGCCAGGCCCCACAGGUGGGGGGAUGCAACUGUGAAAACACUGCAGAGAACCCAUGUUUCACUUUGCAAACCCCCUUUUACGAAACAUCGUCACCAGAAGUCCAUUCGAUGGCAUCAAAAGGAAACAAUGUCUCCAGUAUUUGAAAACCCUGAGAACGCUGCAAUACGAUGGAUUUAAGAUUGUGUAUUUUGGGGAAACUGAUAUCCCAGAAAGUCUCGUAACCGGGGAAGAUUUUAGUGACGGCUACUUCAUGCAAACUCCAACAUGGUGUCUUGUGCAUGCUGGUGGUGGCCAAGGAUGGGUGCCUUGGAAAUAUCGGCUGUUCCUAAGAGAUGAGCUGUGUAACAAACAAGAAGACAAUGUCUUCUUUGAGUUCUGUAAUGUGACGAAGAGGACCUACGGCAAAUGUGCCAUCGUGGUCAAAGAGAGAGCGAGGCCGGAUGAGGUGCAGCCAAAGGAGGACCAAGAGCCCACGAGCCAGGCCCAAGGCUCACCCGUCAUUAACUUAACGAGCAUCAUGUGCUGCCCCAAGGUGGCCAAAGCCUGUGGCCAUGAGCUGCUCUCUCUGCCGUCCCCUUACAAUUACCUGAACCCUUUAGACUCCGCCUGGUCUUCUCUGAAGUGGUUUAUCAUCAACAACAGAAAGGAGUUUUCUUUGCAGUCCUGUGACAACAUCUAUUCUUACCAGUAUAUUCUUCUCAGCGACUUGAUUCGCAAAGGGAUUGAAAGGAUAAACACAAACAAAUGGAAAAUACUCACUAACAAGGUGCGGAGAUGGGAAAACUACUAUUUGGGUAAAUUUUCGUAAGGGUGAUUCCUCCAAAAGUGCUUGGUUAGUGCCACGGGCGGGAUCUUCACCCAGUCCGACGGGCUGGCGUCUGGACCGUGGCCACCAAGGAUGCGUCAACAGCGGUUUCACAGGGCGUCUGUGAGGACUGAGGUUCCUGAGGGGCUUGGUGAAGGGCUUUAGGAUUUCUGGAGGUUUCAUUAAAGCUUGUUGGUGACUCAGGGUUCUCGACUCCCAUCUUCAGGUCAUGCUGAGGGCUGUGUCAAUGGGAGGGUUAGCAGUAACUCAGCCCAAAGGAGCUGGCUGGUGAGCAGGG